CAAAUUCUGAUUCUGUUUAAGCAACAUUCACAGUUUCAAUCAGCAAAUUCUUUUCAUAGACAACAUAUCAUGUCGAUCAUUCCAAGCUUCUUUGGGGGCCGUCGAACCAAUGUCAUUGAUCCUUUCUCUUUGGACAUAUGGGACUGUCCCUUCUUCAACACCACCUUUUCCAGUAUCAUUCCAGCUGGGGUCCGUGAAACUUCAGCUUUUGCGAAUGCACAGAUUGACUGGAAGGAGACCCCAGAAGCCCAUGUAUUCAAGGCUGAUCUUCCAGGGUUGAAGAAGGAAGAGGUGAAGGUGGAGCUGCAGGAGGAUAAGAUUCUGAAAAUCAGUGGAGAGAGGAGCAGGGAGAAAGAGGAGAAAAAUGACAGGUGGCACCGUGUCGAGAGGAGCUGGGGCAAGUUUCUCAGGCGGUUCAGGCUGCCGGAGAAUGCAAAGGUUGAUGAGGUCAAAGCUCAGAUGGAGAAUGGUGUGUUGACUGUGACAGUGCCUAAGAAGGAGGUGAAGAAGCCAGAGGUGAAGGCCAUUGAUAUCUCUGCUAACUAGUCAUCUUUUCCUUCUAUGAAUAAUAACAAAAUGUGUGUUGAUUGUUGAAGAAACUUUAUUUUAAGCAAAUGUAACUUGUUUGAAAGGUAAUAAAGCUUGUGUUUCGUUUAAGUAAAA